AUGAAGCGCCGCGGCGGCCGUGUCGUGAGCUCCAAGAGCACCGUGGUUGGCGCGUCAAGUGCUGCUGUCACUCCCGAAGCGCCAGGUCUUUCUGCUGCUGUCAAUGGCCAUGACGCAUCCGUCGCCGCCGCCGCUACUGCCGCUGCUGCUGCGUCGCUGUCACCAUCUGUGACGUCACCAGCAACACCAGUCGCGCGAGAUGAGCCGCGGAGUUCGGGUAAUCCUGUGGGUAGCGCGAGCGCCGCAGUGAUGGAUGUGCCGACGCCGACACUGACGAUACCGACGCUCGACAUCUUCGCGCGCUUUCAAAGCAAGCGGGGCGAUUUUGAUGAGGACUGGCUCCUGCUCCAGGAGGAUCCCUCCGCGAGGGAUGAGACGCCUCGGAUCGCCGCGCACGUCGCGGACAAGCUUCGUCGUCACCAGGCGCAGCUUGGCGCUCACCGUGCCGCCGCUGCAGCGGAUCGGAGUCGGCAGGACAAAGACCGAGUCGUGCCAGUGCGUGUUGCAGCGAAGACGGUGAGCUCCGUCAGCGGCGACAGCCUCGACACCGUUGCGACGGAGGGUCCACGGCAGGCACGCCGUCAGCGCCGUCCCGAAACCUAUGAUUCUGCCGAGGACAGCGGCAGCGACGGCGCAGGCGCUGACGCGGACAUCGGUACGGUUGCCGCUGACUACGACGGCGAUGAUAGCGACGAGUACGUGCCGGAGGAUCGCACGGCGUCGCAGUACAAGCGGCCAAAAAAUACAAAGAAGGCGGCCGCAAAAGAUGAGGGAUCCGCGGGCGUGGCUCUCAGUGGCGGCUCCCCGUCUGUGAGUACGCCUGUGGAGCGCACUGCUGCUGCUGCUGCUGAGGCAGCUUCCGUGAACCCACUCACACGCUUAUCGGAGGGCGGGGAGCAGCUGGAUGUGGAGGCCGAGCACGAAGGCCUCACUGGGGACUACCUGAACUUUCGACUCACUUCCGCGACAGGAAGUAGAGCGCUCGACGCCGAUGCACUGCAGGCGACCGUGCACCUGCAGCCGUCUGUCUCUCGCGGCGAGAAACGCAACGUGCACGACCGCAGAUCCUCUCGCAGCCAGGAGCAGCGGCGUCAGACACCACCAUCACCGCAGCAGAUGGAGCAAGAUUGUGUGCUGGUGGUGCCGCUGUGGAGCAUCACGCGGAUGGAGCAGCACGGCGGCUACUGUAGCGCCAGCCCCCUCAUCGCCCUCCACCAGGAGGUCACGGACCUCGUCGACUACCUUCGCCCGACAGAGGCGGAGGUGACAAUGCGGCGCUACAUCGAGAAGGAUAUUGGCCGGCUGGCCGAUCGGCUGUGGCCUGGCAGCUCGGUACUCGUCUACGGCAGUAUGUACACCCACCUGCUGCUGCCGCUGUCGGACCUUGACAUCACGCUGUUGGAUGUGCCCGUGUCGGCGGAGGAGGCGCUCACCAGCUUGGCAAAGGAGAUCAGCAGCGCGGGCAUGUGCGAGAACGUCUAUCCACAGGUGAUUCUCAAGACGAAGGUGCCGCUCAUCAAGUUUGUCCACAAGGGCUCGCUCAUCGACGUCGACAUUAGUGUUGGCGCUGUGGACGGCAAGCGCAACUCGGAGUGCAUUGUGCAGUACAUGAACAUGUACCCAGAGGCACUGCCGCUUACCUUGGUCGUGAAGUACUUUGUCAUGCAGCGCGGCAUGCAUGAACCGUACUACGGAGGCCUUGGCAGCUACGCCGCCACGCUGCUCGUCGUCGCCUUCCUGCGGCAGCACCCCAUCUAUACAACGCAGCCGGAGAAACGGACCAUGACGGGGCUUGGCAGGCUACUGGUCGAUUUCUUUCGCAUGUGCGGUCAGCAUUGGAACUACCGAAGAGUAGCCGUGUGCCUGACGAACUACGCUGUGCCGAGCAACGCCGAUGACGCGAUGGCUGUGGACGUUCACGACGAAGGCGAUUUCCGCAUCCGUGCCGACUGUGGCGGUCGAAUGCAGUCACCGGUGCUGGCCAGCCCCCCGCGGGGCCCGAUGGGCCCCGCGCAGGUGUGGAUAGAGGACCCGGUGGACGCCUCUAACAACGCCGCCAGCUCACUGCGGUUUUUUCAUUCUCUUUCCGCCAUGUUCUCCUACGCCUAUCUUGCCCUGACGGCCGACUUCGACCGAGCCGCGGCGGACGCGGGGCGGCCGUCCUCGCCUGCGCCGUCCUCGCCUGCGCCGUCCUCGUCGCCGUCCUCGAACGACAUCAGUCGCCGUCCGACGCUGCUCUCGCGCAUUUUCCAUGCCGAUGCGGAGAUGGUGUACCGUCGGCGGGCCGUGGCCGCGGCGUACAAGCGACUGAGCGCCGAGGUGCCGGCGUACAUGAAGGAGGUUCAAGACUUCCGGCGCGAUGAGGACGUGGCGAUGCUGCAGGGCAACGGCGACGGUGUGGCGCACAGCUGGCGCGCGCGACGGCUGCGGCGGCGCGAGGGGGAUCCCGUUCCGUUUCCACAGCAGCGGCGCGUCACGUCACUGGAGGAGCGCUUGGUGCUUUCCCAGCUGCGAGAGUCGUCCUCGCCACCUCCGCCGGCGUCGGAGGUUGGCACGAAGAGGCGCCAGCGCGAGGCCGAGGAUGAGAUGAGUCGGAGAAAGGUGCAGAGAAACCGCCGUCAGGAUACCGUGUUGCCCUCUCGCAGCAGCUCGCCGUCGUCGUCGUGCACCACCGGCUCAGAGAGCCACGCCAGCUCGGUGCGCGUGGAUGUGUCGAGAAGGACAGAGCGGAGUCGCAAGCUGCGACAGUAG